AUGGGUGUGAUCAGCUAUGGCAUUGGCCAAAAAAAAUACGGCAGUAGCCCCAUGGCGUCUACUAUUUCUUGUGCUGGGUGGAUUUUCCAUCAUAUGAGCAGGUACCGCGAAAAGUUUGGCUGCUUCGAGCGUGUCAAGGACAACAACGCUAGCAUGGAAGACAAGGCCAUCAAAUGGUACCAAGUCCGUGAAUAUCUUCUGGACCCCAAGACAUGGCUUUUAGCUCUAUUUUCUCUGGCACAGAACAUUCCUACCGGUGAUCUGGUAACCUUCUCCGCAUCAUUGUGA